CGAGGAGGAGGCGGCGGCGAUGGCAGAGCCCGCGUGGAGAAGCUUCCGCGCCAUCUGCUAAAGCCCGGACCGCCGGUCUCCCCGAGAGCAGAAACCUCCAAGCGGUUUACAAAUCCCAACGAAAAGGAAUUAAUGCAAGAAUCAAGAAAUGUAGGGAACUGAAUUUAAGACUGGAAAAAGGAGAAACGGAGAGAUCCAAAAUGGGCAGAUCCUUCCAUCCGUAGAGUUCGGCAGUAUUGGAUGUCAGGAAGGUGACGAGAGAUCCCGCUUGAAGAAGAUGCAGCCAUCUUUACAUAUCUGACAAGUUGAAUCAGGAGAACUGCAAACUCACUAUAAAAACAAUAUACAGAAGAGCUGGUGGAGCAGGAAAGCAGAACUUUGAGCUGGAACCAAGAUGACGACAGCUGCGCCAGUGGCUGAGAAUUCCAUGUCUUCGGCAAAUGUGACCACAAAGUCUCAAGAACAAAUUCUUUAUCAGAGUUCUGGAGCGAUUGUGGCAGCCGUCGUAGUUGGUGUAAUUGUUAUAUUCACCGUGGUUCUCCUCUUGUUGAAAAUGUAUAACAGACGCAUGAGGGCAAAGCGGGAGCUGGAACCGAAGAAUGCCAAAGUCAUGAUCCCCUCCACGUUGGGACAGAACAGCAAGAGUGCCAGCCGUACCACAACAGUAACAUUUGUCCCCGUGGACAUCCACAUGCCAGAGAGAAGGCCGUGAGGCAUGAGCGUCUUGGAGAGCGACCAGCCAGAUCAAAACCUGGGCUCAAGGAAGGCCUACAAAUCAUCAACGUAGAAGAAGACUCUGAAAGGUGUUGUUACCAAUAGCCUACUUCCUUUGGCCAGAUGGCCAUGCUUCUAGACAACUGAGGGAAUUCCAAGCUGUCACCCAUUCAUGAAAGUGGUGUCUUGUCUCUACAGCUGUGGAUGUGGGAGGGGUCACUAGCGGCACAGCUACCCCUGUUGUUGGGUCACAAUAUGGCCUUCCACAGUUUUCUGCUACUUCAUCUUAGGCCCAGCUCAUACAUUUCCUCAGUCUCUUGGAUUCUGAAUGGUCCUUUGCUUGUUUGAGAUUCUGGAGAGGUGGAGAUAAACUUCCUUCCAUCCAGGGCUGUUCCUACUGUUGUGCAGAAUGAAGUAGGCAGCAGAUGCUGAGGGAUGGAGGGUGGCGGUGAGGAGUCGGAGGAUGGAGCUGUGUGUGCCACAUGGCCUGCACAGCAUUCCCAAAGCCAGUGUGCUCCCCUCAGGUGCCAGUAUAAGGAAUGGAGGGGGGGUUCAUCUUGUCAUUUGCUUAUUGCAGCCAGGGCCGGUUCUAAAGGGUGGCCAGGUGGGGCACUGGCCCGAUGGCCCCUGGAGCUACAGGGGCCCCCUCACCUGCCCUUCCGCGAUCCACGCCCCCCCACCUACCCGUCUGCUGUCUUUUACCAUUGCCCUUAAUGAAGAUGGCGGCUGCGGUUUCCCUAAGGUCCUGAAGCCCCUGCUGCCAUCUUAGUUGAUGGCAGAGAUGCGUGUGCAUAGCACGCACACAUGCCAUCAACAAAGAUGGCGGCGGAGGCAUCAUCCCCUUAGGGAAACUGUGGCCGCCAUCUUCGUUAAGGGCAAUGGUAAAAGACAGCAGACAGGUAGGUGGGGGGGCUGUGUGUGUGUGUGUGCGCGCACACACACACACACGCCGGGGCCCAGGGCAAGCUGAUGCCCAAGGGCCCUGGCAUUCCUAGUGCUGGCCCUGAUUGCAGCAGUGGGGAACCUUUUUUAACCCAAGGGUCACAUUUCCUUCUGGGUGGGGCCAGAGGCAAAAGUGGACUGAGCAAUGAAGUUAAAUUUUGCCUUUAUAGAGUAGACUAGUUUGUAUACACCCUCACACACCCCUCUCUGUCCUCAUGCAAGAGGCAUUAUCAGAGUUCAGUUGUGCCGGACUCCUCCGUGUGCCCCUCCUUGCCCUCUCCUCUGCCAUGCUGGGGGAGAUGGCCAUGGUAGCAUUGGCCGCUGGCUUCAAGCCCUCUGGCGGCAGCUCCUUCAAGCCAAAGAAAGAUUGCAUAAACACCAGGUAGUAUCGGCACUUUGGGGCUAACCUCCCCUUUGUAACCGCAGAAGAAGAAGUGGUGCCGAGAGACAGCGGGCGCUGCAGCUGCAGCUGCCAAGACUUCUGCCAUCUUAGAUGUUUUAAGUGAUUGCGAGUCAGGGAAGGUGCUAGGCUGAAUCUUUCUCCCUGACGUGCUAGCUUUCUGUGUUCUGUGGUUUGUUGCUUUUCCUCAUAUGGGGAGCAUUUGAUCCGUUGACAUCUUAGCUGGAGAAGCUGCUUUCUACUGCGUUGGUCCAUCUAGCUCAGUACUCUCUACACUGACUGGCAGCGGCUCUCCAGGGUUUCAGACAGGGUUCUCUCCCAGCCCAACCUAGAGAUGCUGGGGAUUGAACCUGGGACUGUCUGCAUGCAAGGCAGAUGCUCUACCGGUGAGGCCCAGCCUUUUCCAUUAAAAUGCUCCAUCACCUUAGCGCUACAAAGCCUCUUAAAACACAAAACACAGUGGACUUUAUGUAGGUUGGAAAGAGAAGAGGAAAUGCUUUGAAAAGUGUGAGGCAAACAAAUGACUAAACAGGAAAGUAUGCAAACACCCCGCAAGGAAAUCGGGAUGAGUGCUCAUUGUUGUAUAACCUCCCUGCACACAAAUCAGCACAAAUGCUCGCUAAAGACAUGAUGUAAUCUAACCUCCGCGCAUCAGGAUGAAUGCUCAAUAAAUAGGUCAUCUGAUUGGCCAAGUCUGUGGGAGGCAGGAUGGUCUGAUCCAGCAGGACUCUUUCUUCUAAUGGUCUUAUCUAGAUCCAGAAAUUGCUUUACCACCUGAUGUUGCUGACUGUAUAAACUGGCUCUGAUUGUGAAUACUGGUGGAAGGGAGCCCCCUCACCUCACCCCAGAAUUUCAGGCAAACAAAGGAGAAAAUGAGUGUACCGGGUCUAAAAUGUCUCCCCGUGUGGGUUUGGUGUUUCUCUUGUGGGGGUCAGUAAUGCAGACAAUCAAAAUGAAGCAGCAUUUUGUGAAUUCCCAGCUCACAAGGCUGUGAAGACUGACACGAGCUGGGGAGGGAGGGAGUAUAUCUGGGCAAUGGAGGCUGGUCUAUGCCCACCAACCUCAGCUUGCCUUCAGCCAGCCCUCAUCUGCCUGCCUUCUUACUUACAGCCACUCCAGCCCUACCUGCCACCUUCCUCUGUGUUGUCCUGGUAGAACUCAGCAAGAAUGAUGGGUACAAAGCUCAAGUUGAUUGGCUCUGCCCAGGGCCGGAUUAUCCAUUAGGCUUAGUAGGUUGAAGCCUAGGGGCCCAGAGUUCUUGGGGGCCCAUGGGGCACUGGCCCGAGGGCCCCUGGAGCUACAGAGGGCCCUCCGCUCUUCUUCCAUGAUCCCAGAAGCUGGACAGGAGCCACGGAUCGCAGGACAAGAGCUUCUGAACCACCCACCAUCCCCCCGCUUCACUUACCUUUUUCUCUGCUGUUUUUGUGGUUUGCCAUCAAUCAAGAUGGCGGCCAAGGUUUCCCUAAGGGGCUGAAGCCUCUGCCGCCAUCUUGGUCGAUGUUACGCAUGCGUGCCUAAAAGGAUAGGGCCCCCCAAACACCAAUCAGCCUAGGGGCCCUCCUCAGCUUAAUCUGGCCCUGGCUCUGCCUAUUGUUGGCUCUGGCUCCCCCUACUGUUGACCUCCCUGUCUUCCACCCUUCCAGUCCCAGUGGGCACCAGCCACCACGACUGUUACUGGCUUUGCCUGUCAUUGGCUCUGGCUUCUCCUACUGUUUGGUCUCCCUGUCUUCUGCCGUUACAGUCCCAAUAGGCACCAGCCACCACUGGAUCUGAGGUACAACUCAGGACACGAUUCAGCAUGAGUUAGGCUGCAGUCCUGUACAUGCUUCCCAGGGAGCAAUUCUCACUGAUCUCAGUGAGGUUUACUUAAUGAAUAGACAUGUAUAGGAUUGCACUCUAAGCACACUGUAACAUCCAUGUGACUGAACUUUGAUGUAUUCUCUUGCACCACAGCUCCUGUUCAAUAAAUACUCUGCCUGGGGAAACUUGACAUAGCAACUGAAUUUAUUUAUUUUGGUCCAGUUUGGUUCUGGUGUCUUUUUAAAAUGAAAGCAUGGAAUGAAGAAAUAAUAUUUUUUUAAUUGCAAGACAGCAAAGACCAGCAGGGGCAGAAUGGAACCUGAUGGGGUUUGUGUAUGCUGCUACUUAAAUAAAAUAGAUUUUUUAAAAAUAAUGAUUGGUGUCCAUAGAUAAUAUUUCUGACCUGUCUAAAAAAAAAUGCAUGCUGCGUUCUCCUUCUGCCAAAUUUAAAAAGAAUCUCAGAAAAGAAGUGAAAACCUUUCUAAUAUGGAACUGGUCAGAACAAAAAAGUAAACUACCAGGUAGGAGAUAAGAUUCAAAAGCAACAUUGAAGUUCAUGAAGUAACCCCCACCCAUAUCUAGGAAUGGACGGUUCUGUCCCCUUCAGUUCCUCUCUGUUUCUCAUUUUCCCAAUCUUUAGUUCUCCAUAUUUCCACACCAUUUUGUGAUUUUUUUUAAAAAAAAACAAGUCCUCGUGAAAAUUCUGCAGCAUUUUAGUUCAAAUUUCUCCUAAUUUAUGCAUAUUUGUAGGCAAUUUCCCCUAAUAUAAUGCAUUUUUGUACGUUCUUUUCAGAAACAUUUGCACACUUUACCCCGGUAUAUACAUCUUUGUACACAAUACUUGGCUGGAGAACUGCAUUGCAAAAUUCUGGGAAGUUGUGAAAAAUAAUGCACAAACCAAUGCAGAAAUGAGUAAGACUGGAAAAAUGAGAAACUGAAAUUGACAGAUUCAUCCACCUUUAGUAAGGAGAAUGCAACACUGGGGGUACUCGCAGGAGCAUGCUACUCCUUAGGACGAGAAGCUAGAUUGGGUAAACUAAUUUAAGUUUGUAAUUUAGGCAUGCAGGCUAGAAGCCAGGAUGAGCUCAUGCAAGGUUCCAGGUUCUGCUCUGUGCAGCAUGGAUGGCUGGAAUGUGUACAGACCAGCUUGUCAUUAUGAAAUACGAGCUCCGCAAUGGUUGACCAUCAAUGCUUAUUGUCAGUUUUAAAAACAAAGCUCGUGACAAACCCUUUUUUCACUUACAAACACUGGGGGUGGCGAAUGCAUUGGCAGAAAGUACACAAGUUCGGUAUUGCUGAAGCGGGUGCCCAUUAUAUCUAACCUAAAAAUUCACCAGGCCCACGGGAUACAAUUGCACAGAAGCGGCAUUGUUGCUCUGGUAUGAAUUACUGUGUCUUCGGCUUGUGUAUUAAAAGUAGGACCAGAUGUGGGCCCUAAAGCAACAUCUGGCCUCUGGUGGCUCCACCACAUUUCAAUUAAGCAACUAUUUUUGCUAAGAAUUUGUUUAUUAUAGAGCAAGGGUGGGAAAUCUGCGGCCCACUGGAUGUUGCUGGACUGCAGCGCCAUCAUCCCUGGCCAUUGGCUAUGCUGGAUGUGGCUGAUGGGAGCUAGUGUCCAACCAACAACAUCCCAGUUAAGAAUCAAAAUGCAAGGAAAUAAUGAAAUGGUGUGUGUGCGCGCGCACUGUAAACCUCUCUUCUUUAUGUGGCUGGAAUGUAGCCUACUGUAGAGUUGGUAAGAUUCACAUCCAUUGCUCGGCCUCAGAAGGUUCUCCACAAGGGGAUGUGUCCCUUUGACUGAAAAACACUCUUCACCUUUGAUAUUCAAGGUAGCAGGGUGGUUCCACUCUCCCCUCUAAAAAAAAUACUAAUGAAUCAGAACAAUUUUAACGGCAGUUCUGUUUUCCAGAAUGUAGAUAGAAGUGUAUUUUGCCACAUAAACUGGCCCUGUCCUUGAUGGUCUGCUGUAUAAUAAAUUAACUCAUCCCCACCUAGUAAUAAGGGCUUCAGAGUUACAGGCCUUGUAUGCAGAGGCAUGGCAAGACCAUUCCUUACAAUGCAAUACCCCCCCAAAAAGUGUGCAGUCUGUCUCAUGCAGAACUUCUGAAAGCCAUUCAAAUGAUAUCACACUUCAUAUUUUCAAUAGGAUAUACUUUGCAAAAGCACCAACAUACCUGUAUAUGUGUGUGGCAGUCAGAGUGUAGAGCAGUCUUCGCCAACCUGAUGGGAGUUGCAGUUGAAAACAUCUGGAGUGCACCAGGUUGAUGAAGCCUGGUGCAGAGGUUAUGGACUCUUUUUCAGUUAAACACGCAUGGAACUAUACCACACCCUCUAGUGGCAAUUUACAAAUCCGUGUUACAGUUUUUAUUCAUACCUCAAUGUUGCCCAGGGCUCACUGACCAUAAACAUUUGCAAUAUCUGGAUUUCAAAGUUUCCCCAUAUAGCCUUGUUCUAAAGGUGUGAGUGAGGGCAAGCUGCAUCUCCUGAAAAAUUUCUUUGCUGCACAACUGUUAAAACACAGCAGCAGCAAAUUUUUCUGCAGCUGGUCCUUCUGGAAAGAGAGAGCGCCUCAAAGGUGUACUGAAGAUCUGUUUUUAUUGAACCUAAUGUGUGUGUUUUUUAGUCAGUCACUCUUUUCAAGGGAACUAUAAAGUUGUCUACAGUCCAUAUAAAAAGUCAGUAAAAUAUAGCAUGGAAUAGACUGAACUUCAAAAUGUGUUAUUAUGUAUUUAAGAGUUUAGGUUUUUUCAAAAGUAUUUCCUUGACAUUAAAUGGAUUUAUAUGUAAUUUUAUUUUCAACGGAUUACCCUAGCUGUAACUUUGCCUACACGAGAAUGGGCCUGUUCAGUGGUGGGGGGCCCGUCUGUGGAAUGCUCUCCCCAGGGAGACGCACCUUACACCAUCCUUUUCUCAGGUGCCAGGCCUUUGGUAAUAAGUUGCCUCCUAUGUUGAUGUUCAUCUUUUAGUGGGGCGCGUAGGACUCAUCCUGAAAUGCUCAUCCAGUAACAUAACUGGAUGAGCACUUAAUAUAUUUUGUACUGUUCAUUGUUUUAAUUUUGGGGGGGAGAGGGAAAUUGCUUUCAUGUGUUGUGUCAAAUCAUUUUGAGGCUUUUUGUAUAAA